AUGGUCGGAAUUGCGGUGAUCAAGGAUGGUCCUGUGAGCACGAAAAGAGUCGUUCCAGAUAUCGGAGAGCGAAUUGGGCAGAUUCAAAACACUCAUUUCGGGAGGGUAUUUGAAGUGUCAACUAAACCCGAUGUCAGCAAUAUGGCAUACGCUUCGAGGAGCGCGUUGCCAUUCCACACCGAUUUUACAUCGCUGUCUGAUCCUCCACAGCUUCAAAUGCUGCACAUGGUUGAGCGCGCUGAACAGGGUGGCAAUAGCAUGUUUGUCGAUGGUUUUCACGUGGCAGAGCAGGUUUGC